AGCAGCUCCGGGACAGCAUCUCAUCAAAGUACCAUGCUGGGUUCCUGCUGCUACAACUGUGACUGAUAAACUAAGGCAGAUGUUUAUUGGAGGAGCACAUGAGCUAUCUCAAACAGAUAUUGUCAACUUGGGCUGUGACAGAUUUAAGCUGAACACUCAAUCUAAAGGAGAUAUAGAACUAAGGAUUUACAUUAUUUUAAGAAACUUUAACCAGUUUGGUGUAGAAUAUAAAUAAAAAAAAAUGAAUCCCAUCACCUACCUGUGUUUCACACUACUGUCUAUAGUUAUACAAUUCUGUCUUAUGGACUUUAUAAAUGAACAAAUUAGAGUAGACAACACUGUAAUUAAUUCAAACAGCACCGUUGUGAAGAAUUCGAGUGACAUAUUUGAUACCAUAAAACAAAAACCUCAUGCUUUAUAUUACCGCAAAGAUAAAAAUGAAUUACAAAUAAAGAGGUCUCCAGUUAAGUAUGAAAAUGAGUCUUUAAGUGAAACUUCAUUAACAAGCUCAACAGAAUUAGUAAGCACAGUAUUUGACUUGCUGUAUGAUGAGAAUGUAUCAGUGACGGAGAGUGAUUUAGUAACAGAUGCAUAUUUUACCAGUUCAGAGUUCGAUAAUGUGACGGAGAUCACAUUUUUUGACAAAAAGCCUUCAACUGAAAAGCCAACAGUUAAACCAAAGAAAAUAAGCACAAAUGAAUGUUACUGUAAUCUCUUGUAUAAAACUUGUGAUAUCAAUUGCUGUUGUGAUAAUGAUUGCUCGGAUCUGGAAAAGAGUGUGUUGAAGAGCUGUGAAGGGAUUGGAAAAGAUAAAUGUGAGAUCCAUAAGAAAGAUAAUCUGUACAUGUGUUCUUCACACUUUUCUUGUAGUACACAAUUGCAGAGUGACAUAUUUGGAUAUCUUUUUUGUAUUGGAAAAGUUAAUUUACCUGAUAUAAGAAAAACAAUAAAACAUAUGCCUUACGCUUUGGAUGUCGAUAACCACCUAAAAUGGCACAUUUCUGAGAAAAAUAGGACAAAUAAUAUGCAGCUUACUAAAAAUCGUUACACUACCGGUCAACCAGUAUUGUUGGUGACAAAGGACGGUAUUCAUUCUUUAGAGCUCCCAAUGACACUGACCAACGAGUACUGCAAUAGCAAGAAGACUCUAAAAUUUCUAAGAAAUGAUAACAUUAAAUGUUAUGUUAAGUUGAAAGACCUUCACAUGUUGGAUGUUAUUAAAAGUUACGGCCACACAAAAGUUGCAAGCCCCAAAGAAAGUACGAUAAACAGCACAAAACUGGAUUGCACAACACUACAUUGCGUUAACAGGACGUUUCUUAUAUGCGACGAACAUAGAUGUACUGAAUAUAAUAAUGAACUGCAUGAGCCAUCAUGUUCAGACAGCCAUUGCAAUAAUAUUGGUGUCAAAGUUGAAUAUGAAUUCUAUUGCAAUGCGUCUUUAAUAACAAGAGUUAUCGUCAAAUUCCAUGUACAAAUAAUCUCUAUGGAUCUUGAAUAUGUAUCCCAGGAGAUUACUGUCAAAUUUUACAUGGGGAAUAAUUCCAUAGAGAGUAUUAUAAAAUUUAGUGGAAAUCCUGGUUAUAUUAAAGGUCUGCCCAUUAUAGUAACGUCAUUGGAAAGCAAUCGUACGGAAAAUUUUUACAACACCAGUAUUGGCAAAUAUAAUAAUCACAUUUUAUUGCCCUCCAACAAAGACGGUGAGUGUGUGCUCACAAAUUUAACACACAACAUUCUAAAGUUUGGCCAUAAUAAAAGAAUAAAGUGUCGCACACAUUUCAAACAUAAUUUCACAAUAAACAAUGGGACAGACGGAUGUAUGAACAUUCAGACCAAAAUCGAUGGUUUAUAUGGGUUUAGUAAAAAUAUAUAUAUCUCUCCAUACGGAAACCCACAAGGCGUUAGUGAUGAAAACUGGAUAAGUUUGCAAAAUCAUCAUAAAAGGGACAUACAUGGGGAAUACCAUCGUAAGGAUGCCAAUUUGAUUUGCUAUAACUUGGUCACCCGGAUUGCUUUCACAAUAGCUUACACAGAUACAAAUGAAGCUAAUAAAGAAAUAAAUAAAAUUAUUAGCGCAAGAGUCGACAGCACAACAAAAAAUAUAUCAUUCAGUAUUGAAGAUUUAUCAAUCGUCAUAACAAUUGACACAAAUUUUAUCGACGCUAGUAAAACAACUGUACACGAAUAUAUUGAAGCACACUUUAAUUUUCACUUACCAAAGGAUUUCUUCUAUCCUUCAUCCUCUAGCAAAGGAAGCUUUGUCACAUACCAAAAUAUUGUAUUAUUUUUGUGUUAUUUCGUAUUGCAAAUAAAAUAACUUGUGUAUUAACUAAUAA